AUGCAGACGAUCAAAUGUGUGGUAGUGGGAGAUGGUGCUGUGGGAAAGACCUGUCUGUUGAUUUCAUACACGACAAACAAAUUUCCCAGCGAAUAUGUCCCAACCGUCUUUGAUAACUAUGCAGUGACAGUCAUGAUUGGAGAGGACCCCUAUACAUUAGGGCUUUUCGAUACUGCCGGCCAGGAGGAUUAUGACCGUCUUCGACCUCUAUCGUAUCCCCAGACAGAUGUUUUCUUGGUUUGCUUCAGUGUCACAUCCCCCGCAUCAUUCGAGAACGUCAAGGAGAAGUGGUUCCCAGAGGUUCAUCAUCAUUGUCCCGGAGUUCCAUGCCUCAUUGUAGGCACGCAAAUUGAUCUUCGGGAUGAUUCCCAAGUGAUCGAGAAGCUGGCGAGACAAAAACAAAGACCGGUAACGAAUGAACAAGGCGAGCGGCUUGCGAGGGAGCUCGGUGCAGUCAAAUACGUCGAGUGUUCUGCAUUAACACAAAAGGGUCUGAAGAAUGUUUUCGAUGAGGCUAUUGUCGCUGCACUUGAGCCUCCCGUCGUCAAGAACAGGAAGAAUAGAUGUGUCAUCGUGUGA